AGCCCCACCGCAUGGGCGUGGCUGGUCACUGCGGUACCCUGUCUGUUGUGUCAUCUGCACUGAUCUGUUCUUCAUCAUUCUCACACUUUUCCGCUAUUUUCAUACGCGCGCGGUGGCUUGGUAACCAUAGAGACAGUUUAGCGGUGCUUGCAGCCCUCACAAGGAAUUGAAGUAUGUAUUUGUUUGGCGGGGUUUCGUCGAGCAUCCAGAGGGAGCGUCUGAAGGCAGAAGGGAUGGGGACCAAUGAGAAUGCGGUAAAGUUCCUGAACCAGGACUACGAGGAGCUGAAGAGAGAGUGUGUGGAGAGUGGAAGGCUGUUUGAGGACCCCUGCUUCCCCGCCGUGCCCCAGUCACUGGGAUUCAAGGAGCUCGCGCCGAACUCCUCCAAAACACGCGGUGUGCAGUGGAAAAGACCCACUGACCUGUCAGACAACCCCCAGUUCAUAGUGGGCGGGGCCACGCGGACAGAUAUUUGCCAGGGGGCUUUAGGUGACUGUUGGCUGUUGGCUGCCAUAGCAUCUCUGACGCUGAACGACAGGCUGCUUCACAGAGUUGUACCUCAUGGACAAAACUUUACUGACAACUAUGCCGGCAUCUUCCACUUACAGUUCUGGCAGUUUGGUGAGUGGGUGGAUGUUGUCAUUGAUGACCGGCUGCCUGUGAAGGACGGAGAGCUGAUGUUUGUUCACUCAGCAGAGGGAAAUGAAUUCUGGAGCGCCCUGCUGGAGAAAGCCUACGCUAAGCUGAACGGUUCAUAUGAAGCUCUGUCAGGAGGAUCCACCACUGAAGGCUUUGAGGACUUUACUGGUGGAGUGGCUGAGAUGUAUGAGCUGCGUAAAGCUCCCAAAGACCUGCACCGCAUCAUCGCCAAAGCUUUGGAACGAGGUUCACUUUUGGGCUGCUCUAUUGAUAUCACAAGCUCCAUGGACAUGGAAGCCGUGACAUUUAAAAAGUUGGUGAAGGGACAUGCGUAUUCAGUCACGGGUCUCAAAGAGGUGAAUUACCGUGGUAACAGAGAGAGGCUGAUUCGCAUCCGAAACCCAUGGGGACAGGUUGAAUGGACGGGAGCUUGGAGUGACAAUUCUGCCGAGUGGAAUAGGAUUGACCCGGCUGAGAGAGAAGAAUUGAACACUCAGAUGGAGGACGGCGAGUUCUGGAUGUCUUUUCAGGAGUUCAAGCGUCAGUUUUCCCGGCUGGAGAUCUGUAACCUAACCCCGGACGCUCUGAGCGAGGACACUCAAAGCUUCUGGAACACGAUUAAGUUUAACGGCAGCUGGAGGAAAGGAAGUACAGCGGGCGGCUGCAGGAACAGCCCUAAUACGUUCUGGAUCAACCCACAGUAUAAGAUCACGCUGUCGGAAGAAGAUGAUGAUCCAGAUGAUGCAGAGGUAGCCUGCAGCUUUCUGGUGGCGCUAAUGCAAAAAGACAGGCGGCGUUUCCGCAAACAGGGACAGGACAUGCACACCAUCGGCUUUGCUUUAUAUGAGGUGCCGGAAGAGUUUCGUGGUGCUCAGAGUGUUCACCUGAAGAAGGAGUUUUUCCUGCGGCACUCGUCAUGCGCUCGCUCUGAGACCUUUAUUAACCUCCGUGAGGUCAGCGCGAGACUGAAGUUACCCCCGGGCGAGUAUCUCAUCGUCCCAUCCACCUUUGAGCCCAGCAAAGAGGCCGACUUUGUUCUCCGAGUGUUCACUGAGAAACAGUCUGAAACACAAGAGAUGGACGAUGAAGUUUCAUUUAGCCUGGAAGAUGAAGAGGAGAUUUCCGAAGCAGAUAUUGACGACUCUUUUAAAACAAUGUUUGCUCAGCUGUCAGGAGAGGACAUGGAGAUUUCAGUUCAUGAGCUCAAAACCAUUUUAAACAGAGUGGUGUGCAAACACAGGGAUCUUAAAACAGACGGGUUCAGCAUGGAGUCGUGUAGGUGUAUGGUCAACCUGAUGGAUAAAGAUGGCAGUGCACGACUGGGACUCAUAGAGUUUCAGAUCCUUUGGACUAAAAUCAGGAAGUGGCUGGACAUUUUCAGACAGUUUGAUCUGGAUAAAUCUGGCGCCAUGAGCUCGUACGAGAUGCGUCUGGCUGUGGAGUCUGCUGGUUUUAAGCUGAAUAACAAGCUGCAUCAGAUACUGGUGGCACGAUAUUCUGACGGAGAAACGAUUGACUUUGACAACUUUGUGUGCUGCCUGGUCAAACUGGAGUCCAUGUUUAAGGCUUUUAGAGAGCUCGACAGAGAUGGGUCGGGGGUAGCAGAGCUUAAUGUGUGUGAGUGGCUGUACAUGACCAUGUGUGGUUGAUGUAUGGAGAUGAUCAUAUCAUGCUGGGCCAAAUUACUAUCACAACUGCAGCUUUACAGCCAUUACACCCAAAGAUGCCGAGCAGUACAAAACAUACUGCCUUAAAAACACACCCACCCUAACCAACAACUGAGCUUCCGGCCAUAUGCUUUUCCCUUAAAAGGGACAUCCUUAUCAUGCAAGAUAUAUACCUUUUUACCUGUUCAAAACCAGGAAAUAAAUUUGAUCAGUGUCAACAGGAUCAUAUAUUACAGCAUUUCAGAAAGCAAGUUAAUAAAA